AUGGUCACAAAUGCUGUUAGCGUCUCGUUGAUAGGGUGGUUCGUCACGCCGUUCCUCAGCAAGUCCAUCAAGGCGGUACGCAAAUACAUAGACGAGGAGAACAAAUCGCUCAAGAAUGUCACUCCCAAGCUGAAGGAGCUGGCCGAUCAUCUUGAUGGCAUCAGGGUGAUUGUUGACCAAGUCGGGCUAUGUUUCAUCAAGGGGACAGAGGAGGCCUUGGAUCAUCUGUGGCGGCUCAAGCGUGCCAUUUAUGAAGCGGAGGAGAUUCUGGACCUGUACGAGAGUCUAAAGAACAAUCGUCUUUCUUGUGAGUUUGUGCAGCAAUUUACUGGGACCAAAGACUCACCUAGUCGGCUGGAGGAAGUGGUGGAGAAGCUAGGCGGACUUGGCGUGAGGACGCGGAAGUUGCUAAAGAAUUCAGACAGCAAUCCCAACAUUGUUCAUGGUUCUCCCAUCCUCCGUAGAGGCCCGUCACAAGCAAAUCCCGGGAAUGGUUUCUUCGGGUACGCCGACGAGCGUCACCAGCUACAGAAUCUGCUGAAAGGCGAGCAGAAUAAGGUUAUAGCCAUCAUAGGCCAUGGAGGGAUGGGGAAGACUCACCUUGCUCGCCAGGUAUUUGAUGCUAAUGAGCGUGGGUUUGAGGUGCGCAUAUGGGCGCACGUCUGCAACAAAUUGGAUCAAAUUGAGCUUCUGACAGAGAUAUGCCAGUCGCCCAUCAACAAGUCUGGCGCCCCAAUCCGUGCUCCAAUAAUGGACACCGUUGCUGCGCUAGAGUCCGUGGUUAAAGGUCUGUCCAAAACCUCAGGGUUGAUCAAACUACCAAAACCUUGUUUGGUCGUGCUUGAUGAUGUAUGGCAGCACGAGGACGGAUUUGCUGGGUCGACCAGCUGCCACACGCAGCGGAUCAGCCGGACUCAGAGAAAUGAGGCAUGGGCCAGUGUGCUGGCCAUGCUGAGGAGCCUUAAAAGUUGCAAAGUUGUAAUGACCACUCGAGACAAGGUUUGCUCCACAACACUCAAGGCAGAUGAAACAAUCGUCCUGGAUGGGAUCAGCCAAGACCCAAUGAAAGAGCUGCUCAAACACACUGCAAAAUCUGACCAACCUCCCCAAGAGCUUGUGCAACGGAUUGACAAGUUGAAGGGAUCCCCACGAGCAGCUCUCAGUCUUGUUCACGAGCUCAAGGAAGCAAAUAUUAAGAUUCAGGAGCAAAUCAUCCUAGGUGAACUCGACGACAAGAAUCACAUCAAAGGCCUGUAUGAAGAACAUCUAUUCACCUACCAUAACCUACCACUGCACUUACAGAGCUGCCUGGCAUUCUGCAGCGUGUUCCCAUAUAAUUGGAAGUUCCAUCCUGAAAAGUUAACCAAGAUGUGGAUAGCUCACGGUUUCAUUGACGACACGCAAGUGAAACAACACAUGCUGGCUGACCAGAAGCUGCUGGCCAUGGAGAGUGUGGCGAAAGGCUAUUUUAAGGAUCUCGUGGAUCGGUCCUUAUUCAAGAUUGACACGGAUGGCCUCUAUGUGAUCCAUGUGCACAUCCAUUCCAUGAUACGCCAGGUGUCUGGCGAUGACUGUAGGAGCAUUAGCAACGGCUCAUCAUCGGAAAUAAUCGUCCCUGCAACAGUUCGCCACUUAUCUGUGACUGCCGGCUGCCUAGCGAAGCUCAAACCAGGGCCUCCAUUGGUGGAGAGCAAUGUGAAACCUGAGGACGAAUUCAGACCGGUGCGAACACUGAUUGUCUUCACGGACAAGGGAGCUCCUUCCUUGCCUUGGAGUGACAUUCGUCAGGCAAACAGCACACUCAGAAAGUUCAAGCACGUCAAGGUACUGGAUUUGACGGAUACAGCCAUAACUCAGGUGCCUGAUAUUGCCGGUGAGCUCACACAUCUGCGGUACCUAGGUGUUCCUAACACCCUGAACCACCCUCCUGCUCAAAUUCCCAAGCUACUUCUGUUGUACAUCAACCAUGAAGCAACCAAGACGGCACCCCUGAUGCAGUCUGCGCCCCCGCACAAUCCUGGUGGCGGCGGCGCCCGCAAGGCGCCCCCGCACAAUCCUGGUGGCGCCGGGCAUCGGCAUCGGCAAGGCGCCCCCGCACAAUCCUGGUGGCGGCGGCGCCGGCAAGGCGCCCCCGCACAAUCCUGGUGGCGGCGGCGCCGGCAAGGCGCCCCCGCACAAUCCUGGUGGCGUCAGCGCUGGCAAGGCGCCCCCGCACAAUCCUGGUGGUGGCGGCGCCGGCAAGGCGCCCCCGCACAAUCCUGGUGGCGUCGGCGCCGGUAA